CACAGCCUGAAAAUGUCGGCGUUUUUAGGGAAAGCAUGACCCUGGAAAACACCUUAUAAAAUCAUGGAUUUUUCAUAUCAGGGCUUAUUUUUUGGAGACUUUAGCGGUCUUCCAGAUGACGAGAAAUAUAGAAUUUGUGAGGUGAUGCGACCGAAAAAAGGAGACAGAGCUGGAGUUGAGUUACCCUUUGAUGAGACUUGUCUUGGAAAUUCUUCAACAGAUGUGAUUUUCUCUGACGAAGCUGGUCAUUCCCUCAGCUUAGCAGAGAUGGAAAAAUUAAACGUUCAUGCUCAAGAAUUUGUUCCUGUGCCAUCAGCAGAGACUGCUACAAAACCAGUAGAUUUUGAACAAGUUGAUCAUACUUCUAGGAACCGAUAUGUGAUGGGUCAAACAGAACACCAGGAGCAUAGUCUUCGUCCGCCACCUGGGUAUGGGGCACUGCCACCUGGUGGUGCAUUUCAGCAACAAAAUGAUGUUGUUUUCAUGGGUGAUCCAAUGCCCGGGCAUGAUUCUGGACAGAGUACAGAAAGUGAACAGUCUGCUAAGAGUCGAGAUGCAACCACCAAGUCAUACGAGCGUAGAAAUAAAAAGAAACGUCCUCCAGGUUAUUACAAUCAGUUAGAGUGUUACAGAACUAAGGAGGAUAGUCUCCAAGUUGAUGGUAAAGUGCCUUCAGACCUGCUGGCUAGUGCCCAGAAUCGGUCAAAUUCACUUGGACAUGUUGGAAGUAAUGUGUGUAGUCAGCAAAAUGUUUAUCCGCAAAAAUCGCUGAGUCAUGUUCACUCCUCUGAUAGUGUCACAAUAGACAUCGAAAUGGACGAUGAUAGUGUUUAUUCAAAUGAGACAACAAAUUUAGAAUUUGGUGUUUCCAACAUGACGAUAGAGAAUUCACAUUUUGAUCCAAGGUCAAGGACAGAGCAGCCAAUGGCUACUGAUGUAAAUAGAUUUAGCACAGAUGAUAAGUGUAUAUUUGCGUCGGAUGUGACUAUGGAACCUGAACAAGUGAUAGAAAAUAAUGUACAUAAAAUGGUGCCGCAUCGUUCAGAUAAUAUUCAAAAUAUUGAAAAGUCGAGUAAAGAAACAAUUCAAACUGGUCCUGUGGAUUGGUUUGACGCUGAUGGAAAUAUCCCGGUGUCCAAACCAGAAACCACACAGAUUCAAACAAAGCCACACGAAACUGAGGUGGCGGAUUUCCAUCGCAAGAUUUCUGAAAGUGAGAACAGUGUGCUGUCUGCUGAGGUGAAAGAGACCUCUCCAUCCCCCGUUGCCGAGCCUGCUGCUAUGCCUGUCCCGGCCGCCAAACCCACAUCUUGGGCUUCGUUAUUCAAGAACACUACCCCAAGCCAACCGGCACGUGGGCCGAUGCCAUUUGUCAGCCAGGCAAACCCGGAGGAUCGUGCCCGUGAAGCCCAGAAGGAGAAAUUGGAAAAGAUAGAAACCGUCUCACUUGAGGAUGAUAAAACAGCUAAGCAUAUUGGGAAUCAACUCUUAGAUAUUCAACUGAGCCACCGUCCAGCAUCACUGCAACCAAGAGGGCUCAUCAAUCGUGGAAACUGGUGCUAUGUUAAUGCUACUCUCCAAGCUCUCUUGGCCUGUCCUCCAUUCUUCAAUCUUCUAAAAUCACUGUCCGCCAUCAAAGAGAAGCUGCGAGGUCCGAGCUCAACACCGAUCACUGACAGUCUAUUGGUGUUUGUCAAUGAGUUCUCAUUCAUGAAGUUUCCUGGAAUGAAAAAUCCUGGCAAACGUGAUCGCAUCCAGGACAUCAGCCCUGGUAUACCAUUUGAGCCAUCGUAUGUCUAUAAGAUGCUGACCAAAAUCAAGUCAACAGAUGCAUUUAAGCAAGGUAAACAAGAGGAUGCGGAAGAGUUCUUGUCAUGUGUUCUGAACGGCAUUCACGAUGAGAUGGUGGCAGUCAUGGAUCUUGCCAAGGGAAAACCAGCGCAAGAGAAAGGGAAACUUCAAAAUCUUGGGGAGCGCUUGCGGUCAGCUGGUGAGGCUAAUCACGAGGAAUCCAAUGGCUACGUUAACGAUAAUGAGUCAAGUGAAGAGGAUGAUGAGUGGAAACAGGUGGGACCCAAGAAGAAGAGCGUGGUCACACGAGUGGCCGAUUUCUCCAAGUCUCCCGUGUCUAACAUCUUCUGUGGUCAGAUCAGAUCGGUCCUCCACCAAAGCGGCUCGCGCGAAUCUGCCACCCUCGAGCCCUUCUUCACCCUGCCCUUAGACAUCCAAUCGGAGAAGGUCUGGACCGUCAAAGAUGCAUUGGACGGCUUCGUCAGUCGGGAGUCUCUCCAGGGGUUUACCUGCUCCAAGACGAAGGUGGAGAUAGAGGCAACGCGGCGUAUAAUGUUGGAGGUGCUGCCCCCUGUCUUGAUCCUUCAUCUAAAGUGCUUCGUUUACAACAAGGAUGGAGGGAUUCAGAAGGUUAUCAAGAAAAUCGAUUAUGGCAUUGAUUUAGAAGUCAAUAAAGAUUUGCUCUCCACCAACCUGAAAGGAAAGGUCUCAAAUCAACAAAGAUCUUAUAAACUGUUUGCAGUUAUCUACCAUCUUGGCAAGCACGCCGCUGGCGGCCAUUACACUGUCGACAUCUACCACAACGGCAUCAACGGCUGGAUACGCAUUGACGACGGCAUGGUCAAGGUUAUCCCUGUCGGUCAAGUCUUGAAAUUCACAGCUCCAAAAGUUCCAUAUCUCCUAUAUUAUAGGCGAUGUGAUCUGCUCUCUGCCUAAAGGAUUGGUGAGAAAUCCAACUUACAAAACUGAAGGAUUUCCUUGAGAUAUACCGGUAUUCGAUAUUCAUGAAGAGUGAAAACACACAAAAGUAUUUGGGCCCAGUAGUUUAGUGGUUCGGUCAAAAAACAAAGGUCAGUGUGGUGGGCAGUUUGAGUUUGGUGAUAAAUUACUGUUGAAUAGUAAGUAGAUUGGCACAACACUGCUUUUCAUUGUUGUAACUGCAGGCGCAGUGAGCAUUUAAAACAACCCAGAAAUAUCUGAGUGAAUUUCAGCACACACUUUGCUACAAUUGGUAAAUUUAUGUUUGGCUGCCCAUGGGAAUGCAAAAAAUCCCAAGCUAAUCCAUGGACCCCACCAUUGUGUGACAUCACAGGAUGGCAUAUUACAUCAUCAGGCCUUGAAAUAAAAAAAUAUUGGGGCACUAGUUUCGGAGCCAUUUUGGCCUUGGGUACUGAAAAAUGUGAAAGAAAGUUGAGAGGGCACAAAGUCAUUUUGGAGAGCGACGACUGCCUUGGCAGCGGUUGCAGUGGUUAAAUUCAACCUCUGCAUCUUAUACUGACCUCUAUUGUGGUUGGAUUAAUGUGGUUAUUUGAUUCAACUUGUCAAAUCAGACAGAUACUGCAGCUGCCUUUUCUAUUAUUGUAUUAAACCUACGCAGUAGUAGGAAAAUCCCAUAAAAUGCCUCUGACCUUUAUUGCUAUAAGUAAUUGAUCAAUCUCACUGGGCCCAUAGUGUAGAUAUGUAUAUUUUCAAGUGACUUCUAAUGUAAAUACAUGUACCUAGCUUACAUGCGAUGAUGUGGGUUUGUACAGCUAAUAUCUAGCUUAUGAGGAUCUCCUGUGGCUUUGAAUAGUCUUACGUCCACUGGUAUGCAUUUGCUGGGGCAUUAUGAUGCUAAUCUAACUUAAGGUACAAAAGUCAGCUAGGGGAAAAAAUUCUCACUGAUCUAAGGGGAGAAAUUAUGUAUAUAGCAGAUCUUUUGGAUUUCUCAUGCUGAUAAAAAAUAAAUCAGAAUGGUGUCUGCCACUUUUUAAUCGAGUGCUUACUGUGUAUAUAUGUGUACAAAAACCUGCAAAACUUGCUGUUAAGGCUAAAAAAGCUAUGGCAGUGACAGUAUAUAUAUGAAUUUACAGUUUUAAAACUGUAGUCCCAUGUUGCAUUAGUUGUCAGACAACUAAUUAAGGAGUACGCCGUUCAUAAUUACUUGUCGUCCGGUUAAAUAAAAAUCCGCCAAUAUACAAUGCCGUAGUGCAGUUAUUGUGAAUACAAAUUUGUCUAAACUUGGUAUUCAUAGUAUUUGUAUAUCAGUCUACACAAUGGCAAUGUUGAAAUUUAUAUUUAGUAUGUAUUUUCGCAAUUGAACAUUUCUCAAUUCAAUUAAAAUUCAAAGUUUUUAACGAAUGGCGUAGGCCUUUGUAGACUAUUGGUUGAAGUUGAUAACUUUUUGUUUCUGUUCUGGUGUGGUCAGGAUGAUGAAGUGAUUGUGUUAAUUGGACAAAUGACAUUUUGAGGGGAUGCCUGUCAAGCUGCUACCAAGUUGCAAUAUCAAAGCAGCAGUGUUUCUCAAGCUUUUUAUUCAAUAAAAAGUUAUGGUUUGGGGUUCCGGCUGGCGCUUCAAUCAUUAGUAUGCUAGUAUCAGGAACGAUUCUUGUGAAUAUUUGAGACAUUUAUACAAACAAUUGUGUAAUAUUUCAUUUGUGAUUUGGCUACUUGUAACAUAAAGUCAUACUACGAAUAUUUGCUGCCAUAUGAUAAAAAGUCGCAAAUGUACCAAGCUUUAUGAAAUGGGUUCUGAUUGCGGGCCUUUCAGGCACUUUCCAGGGUAAUUCAGUGCCAACUUUGAUUCAGAAAAGACUCUGUCAUUCUGAUACCAAGGAUUUGUUAAAUACUUGCUAUACAUGCAUGCAUUGUACAGGGGUUUGUUUUUUCUACUGCAUUGUCAAAAGUCAAUGGUGUGAUCAGGGCAUCAACACAUAAGUAUAAGAGAGGUGUUGAACUGAUCUUGGAAAAUUCCAUAUGCAUUGUGGCAACUUUGAAUUUGGAUUAUAAUUUGCAUAAAAUUUACACAUUUUGCUGCACAAAUGGCUUAGUUGUUGGAUUUGAUAGGGGGGGGGGGGGGGUAUUGAGUAAUGUGCGCCUUUGUAGUUCGCGAUGCUUCUGGUCCGUUUCAAUUUGUGAGUUUCUGGUGUCGAGGUGUAAGGAUACGUUCUCAGUGGUUGGGCUCACGUUCUAGUUGGUCCGAGACAUACACUUUGGAGCCUCAGAAAAGGAUUGGAAAUAAAAUUCAACUUCUCAAUCUUGGUUGUGGGAGUGUAGGAUGUGCUUUUUUACUCUGCUUGAAAGUUGAGAGAAGGACUAACCACAGAAUAGAAGCACAACAAAGUUUGUUCAAUGUUUUUGGAAGCAAAUUAAUUCCAAAGAAAACAGAACGCGUUAUGGACGUUUAGAAAUUUUCCUAAAUUUGGAAGUGCCGUUUUCAGAGACGGACGUACCGGUGAAUGUGAUGAAAAAAAUAUAAAAUAGUUUGCUGAAGUUUUGGUUUUGGAUGCACAAUCUACUUGGAGCUGUUUGUGACUGUUAGAAUGUUAUAUGCAAAGGUUGUUGAGAGGUAUUUUGUUCCAGUGCCUGACGUGCGCCUGAUUUGUUUGUGGGAUGGAUGUUCCUUGGUGCUGAGAUUAAUGGUUGAUGUUUAAAUGAUGUUCAAGCGUUCCCGAAUUAGGUUCCACCCAAAAUUUACCAUGAGAUGCUAUUGAGCUUCUCCAUGGUUUUCUGUUGCAAUUGCAAGACAUUUGUUUGGGGAAGAUGGAGAUGAGUCGUUAAUAGUCAAAGGAUAUUAAGGUGUAAUAAUGCUAAAAAUCUGGCGCAUCGGAUUGGACUACCUGGUUACAAGAAAAAAUGUGGGCUCACCCGAAUGCUAUGGCUUAGGCCUUGUAAGGAGAUGAGUCGUUUCAUAUCCCUUUCACCGCUCAAUUUUUGUCUGUUACAAAAUGCGCCUUUUCUGUAGAGUUGUCUCUAAGGUUUCCCAAAAGUGUAGGCAAAGUCAAUUUUAAGUUCACCUGCACAUGAAUUCAACAAUGCUGCUACAUGUAUACCGUAAUGUAGGACAUCUCCAAGUUUUAAAGGGUCACUGCACCCUGCUUUUAUAGUUUGAAGCAUGAGUGCCUGUUUGUUGCCACUCGGUGACGAGUUGUAAAUAUAGUUAUAAAAAAUCUGAAUAUGUUAAAAAGUUGGUCAUAUGAGCAUUUCAGACUUGAAAGUAAUGUUGUGGGGGGGGGUGUCGAAAGAGAAAGGUUACUGGAUCUUUUCGUGGUGUAAGAUGAUAUUUGAUGCCUUUCAAACAAUAAGGAGGGCUGCACCAUGGCAAAUCAAAAAUAAUUGGGCGAUUGGAGGACCGAUUCAUGCAAUUCUACAUUUUCUUGUUUCUGAUUCCUAAUUUGUGUACCAAUCCUCUGCUUUGUAAUUAUUUCUUCAAGAGAAUCUGUAACUGUCGUUUAUCCCCGCAUGUACAUGUUUCUUUUUCAGUUACUUCUUGCGCUGGGCCGGGGAGGAGGAUAAUGGUUUGGGAUACAAAGCGUUUUAUGUUCUGUUGCAGUUUAGGGCGAUAGGCAAUGCCGAAAUAUUUGUUAGUGAUAUCACUUAUGACACGAAAAUAUUGCUUAACAUGCUUUGUUAUUGCUAAAGGAUCUUGUUGGGUGUCCUAAUGAGCUUGUUUAUGCUAGAUUGAUUGCUUAAUAUAGUCUCUGAAAGGGAUGUGACCUUUCUGAUUUUUUCCAGCUUAAAAAGUGAUUAUUUGACAGCAGAAAUAGAAAGGUCAAUGCCUCAGUUCUGUGUGGAGCUCUAAAUUUCUGACACCGGAUCAAAAAUCAGGAGUUUAGAGUGAUACUUUUGUCAAUAGAGCAGUUCCAGGAAAAAACAUUUUCAGGUGGAAAUUUUUUUCAACUUUUUUACUCUCAACACCACCAGUGCCAGGCACCAGGUUUAUGUCUGAACAGUUUGCUGGUAUUGAAAUACUUGGUCCAAACAAGUAUCUCAUGGUACUAAAAAACAGUCGGUAUCCUCGGAGAAAUUUUGGUCAUGCAACAGGAUACUGUUCCAACCGGAAAAUGGUGAUAGCAGAGCUGUAGCAAGACAAUUCUGUGCAGAGAUUAGAAUUGUUUGACAAGUUGAUUAUCCAUGCAUCCCCCUCAAUCCAAAAAGUAUUCUACAGGGUGGCCCAGAAUUAUUUUCCCUCACACAACGGAUACACAAUAAAAUUCUAAAUUGUGCAAGGGAAAAUAAUUCUGGGCCACCGUGUACAUACCACCACUGUACAUAAACUCUAUAUAAAACUACUUGCUAAAGACGUUAAAGGGGCAAAAUCAUAAACUGAUGGACCAGAAUCUGUAAAAAAAAUUAUGUGCAGAGAAUAAAUGUGCUUAGGUCGUCUUCUCUGGGCAUGCAAUUUACUUCAGGCUACUUGUGCUGGGGCCUUUUCCAAAUGCCUGCCUAACAGAAACAAGUUAGGUUUCUUCAAUGUAACUACAUUGUAACUGCAAAAUAUUCGACCUUUUGGAUUUUCAUACAUCCAGUUGUGACCCAGCAUGACUGGUACGUAACCCGUACGUUAUUUUAUACAACAUUAUACUCAUCACGCUGUGAAAUAAUGCAAAAGUGUGCUAUUGGAUUUGGAAAUGGUGUGUGCAUACUUAAUUUCUUAUAAUUUAAAUUCAUAAUUUAUUAUUUCGUCGACUGAUUAAUAUGUAACAGUGAUGUUAUACAGGAUUAGGUCAUAAAACGUGUGUUCAGGAUGAAAGUUUAAAAUAUCCAAAAAUGUUCUGUCAGACAUUUGAAUAAUGUCAGCAGUUGAAAAUGACGCGUCAGGUCCUGUCAUUGGGUGAUAUGAAUAAAGACGAGCAAAUGCUUUUAUCUAAAACUCCAUGUACAUUUACACAAAGCCUUUCUGUACAAAAUUGAAGUAAAAGCAUUUGCUAGACUUUAUUCAUAUCGGCCAUUGUUUUGUCAUUCCAGUAACCCUGCUUCUUCCAAGGAGUGGGAUUUUGGGAUUGACGCAUAUUCUUUAACACUGUAAAGUUGCACUGUUUAGCACUGUUAAUAUACAGGGUGGCCACGAAUUAUUUUCCUUGUGAUUUGGAAGCGGGUUAUUGUGCAGCUUAAGUGUAAAAUGUACAAUACUCUGUUUCCAAAUCAUGUGACAUAGGGAAAAUAAUUCUGGGCCACACUGUAGUGUACUAAACUCUGUGCCUCGUUCUGGCGGGAGUGGUUUUUGGUUGAGUCAAAAAUUGAGGCAGUCAAGGUCGCUGUGACCUCAUCUCUAUGUUUAGUUAAGUUGUUUUGGAAUAGAAAUUGAUACUGUGAGUGGAGCUGUAAUUUCGCCCAAAACGUCAGCUGUCCCCUUGGUUUUGGACUGUAUAUUUCAGCUCUACCCUCACUCGCAGUGUUGGUGAGAUGACCAAUACCUCCAGUUGGGUAUCAAUUCCUUAAACUCGAGGUAGGCCUGCAUGUGUCUGCAGAUGUCCAAGUUGCACCAUUGGUGUGAUUUGUUGAAGUUGGUAUUACCUGUCAAGAGUUCUGGACAUUUCCAGCUUGGCUCUUUCUGUGAAGGGACGCAGCAAAUUCUGACAAAUGGGAUGACCCGAGCAAGUUCAGGUUCUGACUUAAUAAUGCUAUAGAUUGAACACAGGAUUUAUCAUGCUCUGCCUGUCCUGAAAUAUUCUAGGGGAGAAUUUCUUUGUUUGGGGCGUAGAAUGAAUAAAUGAAUCAUUAUUUGAUGAAGAAAAUGGCUGAAGAGCUUGGUGUUGAACAUAAGUUUACUGUUUCUUAUAGCGUUGCUUUCUUAUGAAGAAAUAAUGUAUAUUACAUUGAAAUUGCUUUUGCAGUUAUUACCGCUUCUUGUAUAGGACUUCGUCAGGAUCAUGAGUGUUAGGAAAACACAAUGCCUCUCUCUUCAUUGUUUUAAUACACAUGUUGAUUCUUCUUCUUCUACAGCGUUCACUCUGCACUUGGAGGUGAUUUUCUCCAGGGAGUAUUCCUCCUCCAAGGCGGAAUGAACGUUUAUGCGUGACACUACGGUUUAUGCGCCAAUUGGGUUUAUUGGCCUAGCGACUCCGACUUCGGCCAAAGGUAGAGUCCACGCAAGCUACUCAUGUUUCCCACUUGAUGGGGUCUUUAACCUGCCCUGGCAUAGACACCAGAUACAAGGAACAUCGGUUUUAAGUCUCAUUCGAAGGACUGUGAAGAGUCAGGAAUUUUAGUUCAUUGAAAGCCACGCUGGUUCAUCCAGAAAUACAAUCCUGGAUUCUCCCCGGCAUUAAACCCGGGCCCUUUUGCGUGGUAGCCAGCAGUGUUAACCACUAGGCUAUGAAGCUCCCUGAACAUGUUGAUUGAAAACAAGUCCCUUGGCUGAACCGGUAGGCAUUGUGUAUUCCUAAUGAAACGUUUUAUCGUUUGCUAAUGACUGUUGAUAGCAGAGUUUUCCUUGAUUUAUAUUCAAAACAGCUUAUGUCCAUUGUCAGAUGACAAGCCAAUAUGCGUAUGUAUUUUUGGAAUUGCAACACAAUAUUUGAAAGUGAGACGGUAAAAAUGAAAGAUGAAAAUGGGGUGUCCUGAAAAGAACAGGUAUUUGAUUAGUUUCAAGGAUUAGUUUUAAAUGAUUUACUACAGUCCUAAUCACAAUUGACAUCCCUCAAUUCGUCGUCCCAAAGACAAUUGACAUCCCUAAAUUUUGUUUAUGUUUAUGCGUUACAUGUACAUGCAUGUUCCUGUAACUUAGAUACAUGCGUGCAGCCUAUAUUGCUCAACCCUGUGGAUAGGUGGCACCAAUUUUCCGACUGCAAUUUUACCGUGAGCUGCUUGGAAACGUUUUCUGCCGUGGGAUUACCGGUUUUACCGCUUGAGAUACACAAACCUUCACGGUAAUACAUCUGUGUAUGUAACUCUUGUGUAGGUACUACAGGGUGGCCAAGAAUUAUUUUUCCCAUGCACAAUAGAAUUCUAUUGUGUAUCUAUUGUGUGAGGGAAAAAAAUAAUUCUGGGCGGCCCUGUAGAGCGUAGGUUGUGCGCAGCUUGCCCAAAGCAGGGGUAUGUCAUUUGUGACUAGGACUGUAGUGAUGGAAAUACAUGUAACUACUAAAGAAUUUGCAAGUAUUGAUCAGGAAAACUUACUGGAACAUCCUGUAUUUAUAUUUGUUUGAUGAAGCGAGUCAUUACUAAACUGUCUGUGUUUGCUUUACACAUGUAAUUACAUACAGUGGAACCUCCCUUAGCUGGCACCUCUCUAUUAAGGACAACCUCUUUAUUAAGGACACUAGUUUUGGUCCCAAAUUGGUUGUUUCCAUUCAAUUUGACCUCUCUAAUCAGGACACCACUCUAUUAAGGACAGCACUUGUCAGUCCUGAGGGUGUCCUUAAUAGAGAGGUUCUACUCUAUUGACUUUGCCGUUAUGGUGUUGUUGAAGAUCACAUGAAAACCAGGGUCUGGUUGUUAGAAAGCAUGUUAGCUCAUAUCAUCAUGCUGACGUGUUGAUACAUGUGCAAAGAUGUACAUGAAACAACAUGUCAACAUGAUGUUAUUAUUUAAAGGUAACAUGCUUUCCUAUGACCGGGCCCAGAUGAUAUUUGCUGUAUGAUCAUUUGAAGAGUUCGAUUGAGAAUAUGAAUUUGGAAGUAUUUUAGGAUUGUCUAAAUCUAAUGAAAAUAUGUUAGAAAGAUUUUGGUGACUGAUGUCAAAAGUACAGUCUGAAUCAUAGUGAUAUAAACACCUGGUGUCAUCAAUUUUCCCAUGCUUGCACCUUCUGGUAGUGCUCAAAAUACAGUUCAUCAAGGGAGGAGUUCCAAUGCUUUGCGAUAAUAGUAUGAUGUAGACCGCACUUGAUCUUGCGGCAUUAAUCUUUGCCAGAAUCGAGUGCAAAAGGGACCAUUGUACAAUCUGCUAGCAAACACAUCAUUAGAAAUGCUCGCACAAAUAAACUGUGUGAAGUUUGAUUCAAAAUAUUCUUUACGCGUCACCCUGUGAAUAAAACAGCAGUGGUAUACACUCUUAGUUAUUGUACAUACUUCAAAAUUGAAUCUUUACAGUAGUUGACGCUGUGGUAAUUAUCGGAUAAUCAUUUGUUUUUUGACUGCAACGUAUGAGGCUCUGCAGAGCACACCCUGGUUGGAUUUCUUUAAAGUUUGUUCUUUAUUGAAAUAAGUUUGACCAAAAAAGCAUAUUGAAAAAUUUCUUUAAGGAGGUUCAGUCGUGCUUUUGGGUAUGUUGAUUGUUGCAAGCCCAUAUAAUUGGUCCAGAAGUGGGUGAUGAACAAUGCUGUGAAGAAAUUUGGUCCAAAAUAUGUUCAAUGGAGCAUUUCAUCUAGAUUGGUCAAGAAAUAAAUCAAUCGGGAUAGAAAAUUCGCAUUCGAUGGACAAUUUACACAAAUACGUAGAAAAAACUUUGUGUUUGCCAUGGUAAUUGAAAUUAGAAAAUCAGUGAGAUUUGGCCGCAAAGCACGUAUCAAUAAAAAACAAUUUUCAAGGACAUCCAACUACAUGUAGUACUUCAUACGUUGCAAACAAAGACAAAGCGAAAGGACUAGAGGUGACGGGUCUCACAAAAAUCAGGCCAGUUAAAAUAGACAGAAGACCAUUGAAUUGGUUUUGCCAUCAAUGUGUUUAAUACUACACUUAGUUGGUGUAUUUCUACGAUGGAAAACUAUCCGAGUUACUUUGGCCAAGCAUUAAAUGCAGCCCAAGGUGAUUGCAUCACAACUCCAUAAUGUUGAAUUGAGGUUGAUUUGGAAUGAAGACCAUGUUGUAAUCGACGAUGUUAAUUCUCAGUAGUGUCUCUUGGAGACAACAGAUAUAAAUAUUGAUGUAAGUUGAAGAUGAUAUGAAAAAAACAUCAUGGUCGCGGUA